UGUACAGAAAAUGUAUGAAAGAAUCCGAAAGUCAUAGCGUUGCCAUGUUCUCUAGCAAAUUAAGAAACUGGGGAUCUCACUUAGUCCACCACUCAGAGCCACAUGGAAAAGUUAAUCAUGGAGCAAAAAUUAGUCGAUAGUUGCAGUUAUUAUACACAAUUUGACCUUGGCGAGGACAAUAGCAGCUAGAGAUUGGCGAUAGCGUAUUUAUGAUAGUACAACUGUCUCGGUCUUCCUGCCUGCAGGAGCCACAAAUCUGUGAAGAAAGGGUUGAGCUUUGCGAAUCUGUCUGCGAGUUGCGUGGGGCUAGCGUUGGUGGAUCCAUGUGGCCGGAGAGCCCGCCUCUCCGGGACGCCGGCGCUGCCGUGCUCACCGGAUGCGUCGCCAUGGCGGUGCUCCGCUUCUGGGAGGAGGUCGGCAACCGCGCCCUCUUGGACCAAAAACUCUGCAGGAAGCUGGUGCACAUCAGUGUUGGGCUGGUAUAUUUCCUGAUGUGGCCUUUGUUCAGUGCAGAUGAUGUCUAUGCUCCAUUUCUUGCUUCAAUUGUCAUUGCGCUCAAUAUCAUAAAGGUAAUCUUGAUUGGAUCUGGUGUAGUUAAAGAUGACGGCGUGGUUAACUCGAUGACAAGAAAUGGAGACUACAGAGAGCUUCUCAAAGGCCCACUCUAUUACGCGUGUACUAUAACCCUCACUACCGUAAUCUUUUGGAGGACGUCUCCCAUUUCGAUUGCUGUGAUUUGCAACUUGUGCGCGGGGGACGGUGUGGCUGACAUAGCCGGGAGGCGGUUCGGGCAUGUGAAGCUCCCUCACAACCCCGACAAAUCCUAUGCCGGAAGCAUCGCAAUGUUCUUCGCCGGCUUCGUCGCAUCGAUCCUUUUCAUGUGCUACUUCCACCUUUUCGGAUUCGUGGAGCAGAGCUGGACCAUGGUCGCUGCCUUUGGCGUCACGUCGCUUGCAGCGGCGAUUGUCGAGUCACUCCCGGUCAGCACGCUCUUGGACGAUAACCUGACGACUCCAAUCGCGUCGGCGCUCGUCGGCAGCCUGGUUUUCUACUAUGUUGGUGGUGGUGGCGGUGCCGGAAGCGGCGACGGGACCAGCAUCUCGGCGACUGCUGCGAUGGUCUUUGCAGGCAGUAGCUAUUACAGUGAGGGCUAAGGAGAAGUUGCAGUGAAUUGGAAGGCUUUGGUGGUGUGAUGAUACUGCAAUGAGUUGCAGUAGUUGAGAUGGUUUUUGCAGGCUGUUACUGGGUGUUGGUUAAUCCGGUCUGUGUCUCUGUUAAAUUUGGUUUGACAGUGUCAUUGUGUGAGCAGCAUUGUUCGAAGUUCUGAAUAACAUUUGUAGACAGGGUAAAA